GAUUUCCCGCCCUGGGCCGCAGCAGCGCCGAUAGUCACACAUCCAAUUCCAUCAACACCUACCCGCCGUCGACAACCACUAACUCGUCCCCAGCAGCCAAUAUGUCGGACUCUACUGUUGGCCAGACGAAGCAGUUUGGAAAGGGCCAGAGGGUCGUUCCGGCCCAGAAGGCCCAGAAGUGGUACCCCGUGGAUGACGAGUCGCAGCCCAAGAAAGUCCGCAAGACUAUCCGUCCCACUAAGCUCCGGGAAUCCCUCCAGCCCGGUACCGUUCUGAUCCUCCUCGCCGGCCGCUUCCGUGGCAAGCGUGUCAUCCUCCUCAAGCACCUCGACCAGGGUGUUCUCCUCGUUACCGGUCCCUUCAAGCUCAACGGUGUUCCCCUCCGCCGGGUGAACUCCCGCUAUGUGAUCGCCACCAGCAAGCGCGUCGACGUCAGCGGUGUUGACUCGGCCGCCAUUGAGAAGGUCUCCGCUCCUGAGUACUUCACCAAGGACAAGGCCGCCGAGAAGAAGACCGAGGAGGCUUUCUUCAAGCAGGGAGAGAAGCCCGAGAAGAAACAGGUUGCCAGCGCCCGUGCCAGCGACCAGAAGUCCAUCGACCAGACCGUCCUGGCUUCCGUCAAGAACGAGGAGUUCCUCAGCAGCUACCUCGCCACCUCUUUCUACCUCCGGAACGGUGACAAGCCCCACGAGAUGAAGUGGUAGACGUGUGACGCGGCGGCCGCGGGUUCGGUAGUGAUUGUGAGGAGGAAUUUUCUCCGAGGGGCGGCUAGAAACUGCAAAUGGGCGUCCCGAUUUUUUCUUACAUCAGGGAAGGCAUUUUUUGCAGCGCAGGGAGGAACGGCUUCAUGGAAUAUGUAACUCGAUAUGCGGGAUCCGUUUUCUUUUUUUUUUCUAAACACUAGAAUUUGUGUGGUUAAUUCGGG